UCGGGCGCGUGGGUGUUUCUGAGCGCUUUCCCGCAGAUUCCUUUGCCGUCAUUGGUUAAGAAUGACGAGUUUCGUGUGAACCGGGGAUUGGGAGGGGGGGCUGUGGUCAAACCCACAACGACCUAAACAGCCCCGGGAGGAGAGGAGAGGCUAGAGAAGAGUUGUCCUCGCAGCAGCUACAGCUGUAGCCCCGCGUUUAAAGCCUGCAUGGGCUAGUCCGUUAGCUAGCUUAGCAUCGCCGUUAACUCCGGGUCGCUUCCUCCGCGGUUCCCCCCCCGCCGCUCCCCCCCAUCCGUCCCACCCGGUCUAGUCCGCUCUCCCACCGGCCGCCUCGAAGAUGAUGAAGUUCAGGUUUCGUCGGCAGGGCACGGACCCGCAGAGGGAGAAGAUAAAACAGGAGCUCUUCGCUUUUAACAAGACUGUGGAGCAUGGGUUCCCCCAUCAGCCCAGCGCCCUGGCCUUUGACCCCAGGCUGCAGCUGAUGGCCAUCGGCACAAAGUCAGGAGCCAUUAAAAUCUACGGGGCUCCUGGCGUAGAGUUCACAGGACUACAUAAAGACAUCACGGCUGUCACACAGAUCCACUUCCUACCUGGUCAGGGUCGUCUCCUGUCGCUGCUGGAUGACAACACGAUUCAUCUGUGGGAGCUGGUAGUUGGGCCCCCCAGAGAGGUGGGGGGGACAAAGAAAGAGGGUGGAGUCUGUCUUAAACAAGUGGAUAGCUACACCCUGCCUGGAAGGCCUGGGAUUGAGAGCUGCAGUGCUACGCGAGUGACUGUCCUCCUCUUGCUAAAGUCUUGUGACCUGCUCUGCAUCGGAACAGAAGGGGGAGGCGUUUACUUUGUGGAGUUACCCCGCCUCGUGCUAAAGGAGAACCAGACGCUGCUCCAGGACCAGGUCACGCAGAGCCUGCCAGAUGACUACAGAUGUGGUAAAUCACUGGGACCAGUGGAAUCCCUCCAAGAGCAUCCCCAGCAGCCAGGGAAGAUUCUGAUUGGCUACAGCCGUGGCUUGGUGGUCCUGUGGGAUCUGAGCGCCCGUCACGCUGACCAGCUGUUCCUCGGCAAGCAGCAGCUGGAGAGCCUGGUGUGGGAGCGCUCUGGAGGCCUGUUUGUCAGUUCUCACAACGAUGGAGGCUACGCUGUGUGGCCCGUCACCAGUGGCAACACCAUCACUCACCAGCCUGUGUCCUCCACCAUCCCGUACGGCCCAUUUCCGUGUAAGGCCAUCAACAAGAUCCUGUGGAGGACCUCACAGACGGGGUCUCCAGUGCUGUUAUACAGCGGGGGGAUGCCCCGAGCCAGCUACGGUGACCGGCACUGUCUCACCAUCCAGCAGGACAAGGAGCACGUCACUCUGGACUUCACAUCUCGAGUGAUCGACUUCUUCACCAUCCACAACUUGGAGCCGGACAAAGAGUUUGAUGACCCGUCGGCUUUAGUGGUGCUGCUGGAAGAGGAGCUGGUUGUGAUUGAUCUGCAGACCCCAGGGUGGCCCACUCUGCCCACACCUUACCUGGCUCCCCUUCACUCAUCAGCCAUCACCUGCUCCUGCCACAUCUCCAGCGUGCCUCCCAAACUCUGGGAGAGGUUAAUUAACGCGGGCAGAGCACAGCGGACCCGGCAGCAAACACACAUGAGCUGGCCCAUAUGUGGAGGGAAGAAUCUGGCGCCUCCACCCAAACAGCAAGAGCUGCUUUUGACCGGGCACGAGGACGGAACGGUGCGCUUCUGGGACGCGUCGGGCGUCGCUCUCACGCCGCUGUACAAGCUCGGCACGGCCAACUGCUUCCACACCGACUGCGACGAGCCUCACGACUCGAGCAACGACCACGACCUGCAGCAGGAGGACGAAUGGCCUCCUUUCAGGAAGGUGGGCUGCUUUGACCCGUACAGUGACGAUCCCAGACUUGGCAUCCAGAAAAUCAGCCUGUGCAAGUACAGCAACAAGCUGGUGGUGGCUGGAACAGCCGGGCAGGUGAUCGUGCUGGCUUUAAACGACGAGCCGUCCGACCACUCGGUGGACGUGUCCGUGGUGGACCUGCUGCAGGACAGGGAGGGCUUCACCUGGAAGGGCCACGACAGGCUGGAGCCGCGUCUCAAGCCCGCGCCCUUCCCGCCGGGCUUUCAGCCGCAGGUGCUGGUGCAGUGCAUGCCGCCCGCGUCCGUCACAGCGGUGACGCUGCACACGGAGUGGAACGUGAUCGCCUUCGGGACGAGUCACGGGUUUGGCCUGUUCGACUACCACAGGAGAAACACUGUGCUGGCCAGGUGCACCCUGCAUCCGAAUGACUCGCUGGCGAUGGAGGGUCCGCUGUCCAGAGUCAAGUCCUUAAAGAAAUCACUGCGGCAGAGCUUCAGACGCAUCCGGAAAAGCCGGGUGUCCGGAAAGAAACGCGCCCUCCCCACCCCUACCAGCAAGGUACACGAGGCCAAUGCUGCUCUGGCGGAACAGGAGGAAGUAGCUCCAGUGCAGCGACGGAUCGAGCCUCGGUCAGCAGACGACUCAUUGUCAGGAGUGGUCAGAUGUCUCUGCUUCGCUGACACAUUUCUGCGUGACGGUACACACCACGGCCCCACGCUUUGGGCGGGCACCAACUCGGGCAGUGUGUACGCCUACGCUCUGGAGGUCCCGGGCGUGGGAUCGGGCCGCGCGUUUGAGCGGGGAGGAGCGAGCGAGAGCGGCGCGUGCGUUGAGGCGCUGCUGGGUAAAGAGAUCCAGCUGAUGCACAGAGCUCCCGUGGUGUCGAUAAGUGUCCUGGACGGACGAGGGAAGCCUCUGCCGGAUCCGUACGAAGCCUCCCAGGACCUCGCCAUCGCACCGGACAUGACCAACGCUCACUCCGUGCUCAUCGCCUCAGAGGAGCAGCUCAAGGUCUUCUCUCUCCCCAAAGUGAGCGCCAAGACCAAGUUCAAGUUGACUGCACACGAGGGCUGCCGGGUGAGGAAAGUGGCCUUAGUUCUCUUCAGCUCUGCUGCUCAGGAAGACUACAGCGAGCACACGCUGGUCUGUCUCACCAACCUUGGAGACAUGCACCUCUUUACCAUACCUGGCCUUCGACCACAGGUGCGUUACGACUGCAUCCGUAAAGAGGACAUCAGCGGCAUUGCAUCUUGUCUCUUCACCAAGAAUGGACAGGGAUUUUACCUGAUCUCUCCUUCAGAAUAUGAAAGGUUUUCCCUGUCUGCCAAGGUUCUGACAGAACCACUCUGCUCCGUUCAGCUGGACCGCCCACUACAUCCCACAGCUACCAGCGACGGUACAUCGAUGCACCCGCAGGCCAACGGGACCCACAGAAAGAUGGCGGGUCGGGCUGAGGGACAGACGGAGGAGCCUCCAUGCAGCCUGUCCUCACCCAUCCAGGAGACGCCGCUGGACUCCCCCCUCAGCUGUGCCGACCUCACCCUCGAUACCACGGGGGAGCUCACCGUGGAGGACGUCAGGGACUUCCUAACGACGGUGGACGAGGCAGAAAAUAAUCUGAGGAACAUGAAAGAGGAGGAGGGACGCUCCACUGGGAUCCUCAUCAACUGAACAGAGCUUCCUGGAGCAGCUCAGGUGGUUUUCGACUGGAUUUCAGUGCUGGACCACAAACAUCUGACCCGAAGCCACUGAGGAACUCUCCUUUUAACCCGGUACUAGCCGGGAAGAAAGUCUUACAGAUUCCUCCUGCCGGAUGAACGAACUCCUUACCUGCAACCACUUAGGAAACACGACAGCCCCCACCCCCCCCUCCCCCCCUGCCCACACGGAGACACAGGAGGACCAGCGUAGCACCAGGACGGACCGUUCCUCCUCCCACCUUCUCUGUGAGCUUUUCUGCAUGGUUGGGACCAGACCUGGUGCUCUGUCGCUACAUAAACCACUUGAUGUGACUGAAUCGCAGUGAAACAGAAGGUGUGUGUGGUUUAAAGUGUGGGGAGAAAAAUGGCAAAUGAAGUAUUUUUUUGUAGCAUCUCCAUUUUUUUUCUGGAUUCCAACAAGAACUGCUGAAUAUUUUGCUAUCCUGUCGAGGUGCCGAUCAUCGCGACGAUGUAAGAAGGUUUGUUGGCAUUGAAGAAGCGAGUAUUGGAACAAUGUAGGUGUUUUAUACAGCAAAGAUUGUUGCUCCGUUGAAUGUUUUUACUGUCACGUGAGAUAGAUAUUUUAAUAACAAAAAGUUUGCGGGAGGAGAAAAGGGGUCGUGGGGGGGGGGUCCCCACACUGUGAUUAUUAAAAGGGAACCAGCUGGGAAGUGCUGGCUCUAAAGCAUCACCAUCCUCUGACUGAUGGGAGUCAGAGGUAUUACUGAACCAAGAUGAGAUGUAUGCAGUUUAUCUCUUUACGUAGCAAAUAAAGUCGAUCAUCUGCUCAAGUUGGGUUGAAAACUAGGAUUUAAAUAAGAAUGCUUUUUUUUCAGUUAGAGAAUAGGAAUAAAAAGUACAUAAAAAUUAGGGAAAUGAAUAUCGUUCCCUAAGCCUGUAGAGGGCGCUGUUGCAAAGUAAUCUGUCAGUCUAAAGGUGUUCUGUCCUCUAAAAUGGUGCAUUGUUGUUCAUUUAACCAGCCAGCAAAGCUUUGAUCAGCAGUGUUUUAAACCCUUUUUAAAGUUUUGCAGCCUCUCAGCUUUAAAACUGGGAGCCCAGAAGACAAGAAACAAACAAAAGGGCUCGGCGUCAGACCCGGAGAACCUCACUGACUAGAACCUCAGCUGGUAGGAUCUGGGACGUGUCAUUAACCUCUUCAUGCCACUUCCAGCACCAUUUAGCUUUUUAAUCCCACCACUGAGAUGAGUUAUUCAGUUCCAUUUGUAGGAAUUAAGUUGUUUAGCAUUUUGGUUGAUGAACUAUUGUGAAUGUUAAUAAAAUGUAUUUACUCUGAGACUCUA